UUCCGCCUACACCAUGGAGGUGGACAUGGACGGUUCUGCCCGGCUGGUGCCCGUGGCCUCUGACCACAGCGGACCCAAACAGGUUGUGAUGGACAUGGCCAGGCAGCUGGGGUUCAAACCUUACGAUGCUGGGGGACUUGUGGCGGCGCAGGGGGUGGAAGAAAGGGUCACGCAGCUCUUUCCUGAGUGGCG